ACCUUGUACAUACCAUAACAGAGUCAGACGCGCGCUGCGCUUUUACGCACGACACCAGCGACCCCGUGGAGGAGAGCGGAGUGCCAUGAAGACCGUCUAUGUGUGAGCAUUUUGCUGUCAUCACUACAAGAAGAUGAUCGUGCUGCCGGCUCUGUUGUUCAUUCUCUGGGGAGAAGAGGCUCGGUGCCUGGAGGAGAAUGGAGGCUUCACUUUUGAUGGAGACCUCCGCCACUUCGCUGUGGCCACCAACACGGUUUACAUCGCUACAGCGGAGACUCUGUACCAGCUGAGCCACGACCUGACUCUGGUCCAGAGUCUGACUCAGAGAGGAAUCCUGAAGGGCGGGUGUCAGAUGGAUGCGCAGUUUUCCCGGGUUUCUGAGACGGAUGAGCGGAACGCGACUUUCAGCGUCAACAUGUUAUUGCCUUUUGUUGAGACUGAAACUCUGAUCAGCUGCGGUGUGAUCGAGUGCGGUUACUGCGAGGUGCUGGACCUGAAGAACAUUUCAAAUGUGCAGUAUAUGGAGAACAUCCAGGUUGGAUCCCCAAGGCGGAGCAGCGCAUCCAUCGGCUUCCUGGUGAAUGUGGAGGAGACAACUACCGAGACUUACAUUCUGACUGCCAUACAGCAAUACGAAGUCAAAUCCACAAAGAGCAGCUGCUCCACGGAAUCAGAAGCGGUACAACUUCGUAAUACGAAUCACAAGCAAUACGGAACUAUAUUUUCCGAAAUUAGCGAGUUCUCUAUCGAUGUGAUCAAACGUUGUCCUCCAGGCAAUGCGGAGUUUGUGGAUGGAUUUCAGAUCAGUUUAACCAUUUAUCUUUUCUCUAACCUGCCCUCAAGUGACACAAGCAACAGAGUCCGUCUCAUUUGGCUCGAGGGCAAAACAGACAAAGCGCAGACUCUCAGGUCGCUGCGGGGAGCGACCCUCAGCAUCUCUGAUGGGGGGAGAGGCAGCAGACUCCUCGCCUCCUCCGUGAUCCCGGGCGGGCCGCCGGUGCUCUGGAGCGGCGUGUUCAGUGUGGACGGAGGACCCACCGACACAGAGCUGCUACUGUUUGACAUCAGCCCUCCUCUCACCGGAGACACUGAUGAAGAUCCAGACUUCUGCAGUGUCUGCAGCACUGACAGGAUAAGACUGCCGCCAAAGACUCUGAAGCCCAAGGCGGUGCUCUUCAGGCAGAAGUCCAUGACCUCUGUGCUGGCAGUGAGACACAAGGCCUGGAUGGUUUUCUUCAUUGGGACAGGAGAUGGGCAGCUCAUUAAGCUUGCUGUGGACAAGAACUAUCACACCACCUGUCCCAGGAUGAAGCGUGUACCUGCCGUCAAGUGCAGCACAUCCACAAAUGUGCAGGACUGUUGGUCUGCACAGGAUCCGUACUGCGUCUGGUGCGGCACUAAAAAAGGUCAGGAACAACAUCUGCAGAUCACACUUAACAUCCAGACACAUCUGAGUGUGGGUCAGAAGGCUGUCUAA